AUGUUACGUCUAGACGCCAUUCCCAACAUCGAAGCCAAAGAGCUAGACAUUGCUGGCAUUAAAGUCAAAGUCUUCAAUACUGAAAGUUUACAUCCUUAUGUCGAAAAAUGCAAUAAGACGCCUGGCACCGAAGAUAUCAAGGUGAACGGAGGCGACGAGUCAUACACCAGCGCCAUUGCCCAACAUGUGAUUGAAUCUGUUGCAAAAGAGAAGGAUAUUCCAUUCAUUGCCGUGACUUUCGACCUCCGUAACCACGGCUCCCGUAUUGUUGAUAAUGCUAGAAACGACGACUGGGCCUCUGGAAACGACACACACGCCAUUGACAUGAUCUCUGCAAUUCACGGAAACGUGGCCGACUUGAAGCUUAUUGUUGACUUUUUGCCCGGUCUUCUUGACUUGGAGAGUUUGAGAAAAGAUCCAGAUAUGCCAAUCAAGUUCAACAACAUUGUGGGCGGCUACUCUUUGGGAGCUCAUGUGGCCAUUCGUUUUGCCAAUGCCUAUCCUGAUGAGGUGUCUAUCAUCAAUCCAACCAUUGGAAGCUACGACAUGACCUCUUUGCUUGUGAACAGGUUGAAAAAGACCAGCAACUUUGACAAAAAGUGGUUUUACUGCAACUAUGACGAGCUCGAGUUGAAUACAGAGGAAAAGAAACGUUACCCAGAAGCAUUGCAUCGUCUCGUCAGCGCUGAGGACAUCCAAAUCUUUGAAAACUUCCCCUUUGCCAAGGUGAAGAUGUUUGCCUCCUUCUACACCGAUGAUCCGCUUGUGCCUUCCAGAAUCUCGUCCCUUUGGGCCGACAUGUACCAAAACGACAACAUCGCCACUGUGACAUACUACGAGGAAGGACGCGUUCACGAUGUGACCCCAGCCAUGAUCGCCAAAUUUUCGGAAUGGUUGGCAAAACAGCUCUAA